AGACAGCAGCCACGCACUCGUCCCUUUCAUCUCUUUCCCCUUUCAAACAAAGGUCCAUAGUUCCAACAACAAUGGCAGACUUUGACCAUCCUACUUUUGUGCAAGUUUCCCCACACUUAUCCCAGCAUAUCAAAAACCAGAUGAAGCCACAACAGAGCAGACCCGAAUUCAAACCAAAUCUCACCACUUUGAGUAUAAAUCUGACCAAAUCACGUGAACGUUCGAAUUUCAAACAAGUUUUGACUAGAUUUCGAAAUUUUUAAGUCUCAUUAUCCCGCCCAAAAACAAGGAACAAAACCCUAGUUUUCGUCUAUUAUAUAUAGACUUCUAACUCCUUAGACGAAGGAGGAGAUUUUUUUUUUUGAGUUCCGUGGUUUGCUCUUAAAAUUUCAUACUAUUUGCUCGAAUUUGUUCGGGAGUAAGAGAGUAGAUUCGACGCCGACGCCCUCGAAACAGGUCGGCACUUUCUUUCUUUUGCUCUAUUUGUUUUAAGUAAUAUAUCCUGUCAUGAAUUUAAUUUACUUGGGUUUAGAUAUAAUGAAAUGAUUAUACAACAUUUCUAUGUUGGUUGUUGAUUUUGUUUGGUCUCAAAUCCGUAUUCUGUGUUUAGUUUUAUUAGCAGUCAUGUAUUAGACCUUAUUCUAUUUUCAGUUGGUUAGUACGUUUUAUGUAAAAAUAGACACGGCUUAGACUCGAGAAAAGGACAAAAAUGGUCCCUUAACUAUGAUACUAGGUUUAAAAUAGUCCCUUAACUAUGCACUUAACGGUUUUAGUCCUUUAAGUUUGUUACAAGUUAACAAAAAUGGUCCCUUAACUAUGAGAGUAGGUUCAAAAUAGUCCCUUAACUAUGCACUUAACGGUUUUGGUCCUUUAAAUUUGCCAUAAGUUGACAAAAUGGUCCCUUAACUAUGAGGGUUGGUUAAAAAUAGUCCCUUAAGUAUGCACUUAACGGUUUGAUAAUGUCAGAAAAUGAUGUCUCGAAACACAAAGACCGACGGACUCUAUCGAUUAAAACUGAGGGAAUCCAUCGACUAAAUAAAAUACACUAGACUUUAGAAAUAAAUUAGAAAUAGCAGAAACUAAAAAAGUUGUCACUACCAAAAACAAGCGAAAAAAAUGAUGGACGGAAACCGAUGGAUAAAAUCGAGGGACACUAUUUUUUUAUUUUUAUUUUUAUUGUUUUUUACGAAAACCAACGGAAGUCCAUCGGUUAUUUUUGAGGAAAAAUGCACAGAAGUCCAUCCUAUAACCGACUAACGUCCGUCGGUUUUGUCCCAAGUUAUUUGACCGAUCUAGAGUUCUCACUAAUUUUUCUUUUUUUUCAUAGUUCUCGUCAAAUCUAACAAACAGAGUUCGAUGAAUAUUUUGUCGAGACUAAAACUGUCAACUUAUGGCAAACUUAAAGGACCAAAACCGUUAAGUGCAUAGUUAAGGGACUAUUUUGAACCUACUCUCAUAGUUAAGGGACCGUUUUUGUUAACUUGUAACAAACUUAAAGGACUAAAACCGUUAAGUGCAUAGUUAAGGGACUAUUUUGAACCUACUAUCAUAGUUAAGGGACCAUUUUUGUCCUUUUCUCGCUUAGACUCUGCCACUGGUUUAUAUCCGAACAUGUAUUUUUUAUUUUUAUUUUUGUGAAAAGUUCAUGAAAUAAAUCACGUCAAGGCUGUUUCUGGAGUUUUCGGAAUAUAAAGUUUCAUUUGAUAAUAUUUUAGCUUCCAGCCGUUUUAGGAAUCAUGCUUUGUGAAACUAUUCUUAAGUAAACAUCUUGUUAUUCUAGCCAAAUGAAUAUUUUUUUGUGUUUUAGUAUGAUGUGUUAGCAACAUGGUUAAGGCUCCCAUCCACCUUAUAUAUAUUUUAACUCACUUUAUUUUGGUUUGAGUAAAAUAUGCUAAAAUAAAUGUUGCUGCUACUUUGCUUUCCUGUUGUGUUAGGAACUCUGAUUUUGGAAGAUAUUUCCGUAAAUGGAUUGCUAAUUUAAUAGAAAAAGAAGGGAUGGUACCAUGACUUAAGAUCUUUACAUAUACUUUACAGGAAAUUGAUUCGUGAAAUUCCAUACUUGUAUUAUGUGUAGAUGCUAAAAUUUUGCUUUCUCUGUGAUAGUAGGAACUAUAUUGAAUAUGGGAAUAUCUCUGAUUAUUUCAUUUCUCCUAUGGUCGUUAGGAAGCAUUACCUUUUGAUUUCGGAUUUUAAGUAAAAUGAGAACAUCUCUUAAUUUAAUUAAGUGCACUGUUUGGACAACGUAUGUUGGGAUGAUUACUAGCACGUUUGCCUUGCUUUCUUUCAUUACGUGAAAAUAUGCUAGUUUACAGAAUAUGGAUGGUUUGAAUGAUGGAGUGAUUUUACCUUUACUUAUAUACUCUCUACAUUUGACACAAGAAUCGGAUUUCCUCUACCCCAUCUCUGGCUAACAAUUGCGAUCUGUUAUCCCAAUACUUCUUAGGUCAAAGCAUACUAUAGCUGAAAUUUAUUCUUUCGUUUACCAAUUAGUUUGGCAUAUCUAUACAAAGCAAAUUACACAAUGCACUAUAUUAAGUAGUAGUAGCAAAUAGGCCAUGAGAAUCUCCAUGUGCAGGAAAGAAACAAGAAAUUACCUGUCUAAGGCAUAUGUUAGUCCCACAAAUCGCAGCAAGUGUCCAAACGAAAUACCAUCCAUUACAGUGGAAUAGUGGUAAAGUUCACAGAUACAUAGCUCCCUCUUGCAUACUCCAAAUCACAGCAUUGCUCAUAUCCAUAAGAUAAGCGCCACGAUGGUGCAGCACCACUCCUUUAGGACUACCUGUUGUGCCGAAAGUAUAGCCCAAAGCAAUGCUUUGCCACUCAUCCUCUGGUGGGUUUGGUGCGACAAUUUGUUCGUCAUCUUUUGUCGAUUUAUAUAAGACACUUUAUGAUGUUACUUGACUAUGGUAUGUUGACGUUUCAUUUUAAUAUAAGAAUGUUUAUUUCUUAAAACAAACAAACAAAAAAAACUCUUUCAGUUGGUUAAUGGUUAGCUAAGUGUCUUCGUCGUUUGAUUGCAUGAUUUGUAAAAGUACUGGUUCUUAGCAUAAGUCCUUCAAUUUUCUCCUUUAUCCUCCAUAAUUGCUUCAAGCGGGUUUCUUUCUAAUCUUCAUCAUUUCUUUCUUUGUUUGACAUGUACACGGGAGCCGAAGUGUUUCAUUUUGAGACUCAACGACACCUCUUACGGAGUCUGCAUAUCAUCCACUAUCUUCGCUUUUUACUUUGCUCAAACAGAGAAUUGCAGAGCAUCAUUACCCCUUUGUGAAAGCCGAAAAUGGGAACUACGUUAAAGGAUGAAGCAAAAGUCUUGCUAGAUAUCUCCUAAUUUUUGCCCUUGCUCUUGGUCAGCCGAUGAGUGCUCAGCGCAAUGGCAAGCGGGUUCAAAAAUUUCCGAAUGGUCCCAAGUUUGAAACCCAACUACAACAAUCGUCCCUUACGGCUUACUCCCUUUUCCUUUUUUUUUUUUUUUUCAAUUUCUAAUAUAAUAGAAUUAAAAUACAAAAAGGACCCAAAUCCCAAUCUAAAAGGGUUCUGAAAAGUGAAAUCCCCAAGUCUCAGUUGAAGCAAAUAUCAUCAUCAAGUUCGGCUCUUGCAUCAACACAACACCAAGCAUUGAUCAAUUUCAAAGGCCAAUGAAGAGAUAUUUCUCUACGGUAUCGUCCAAGUUUCCACAACCAAGUUCAUCCGCUCAAAAUGUUCCUCGUGUGGAAGAAAACUUGAACCAGUUAGAAGAAAAUCAUCAUUCUGCUAAAAAACAAAAGCAAGGAGUAGAUUUGUAUUCUCUACCACCAGAUCCAAAUAAAAGAAUACCCAUUCUGGACUAUCAUCCAGAUGAACGUGAUGAGAUUAGACGAGCAUAUAUCCAAAGGGGUUCUCAUCAACCUCGACUUCCUAGGUUUCCUCAAACAGAUUUUUACGGAUAUAAAUGUCGUUUUAAUUGUAAAUGGUAUAAAAAAUACCAUGAUUGGUUGGAGUAUAGUGUGGUAGAAGAUGCUGCUUAUCGUUUGUGUUGUUAUUUAUUUAAAGAUGAAAGCAUUGAUCAAGGUGGAGGCGAAGCAUUUUCAAGUAUAGGGUUCAAGAGUUGGCACAAAAAGAAAAGAUUAGAUACACACGUUGGUGAGUUGAACAGUGAUCACAACCAAGCAAAGAAGAAGUGUGAAGAUCUAAUGCGACAAGAACAGUCAAUUCAAGUUGCGUUUGUAAAGCCGGAUAAUAAAGCUAAGCUUGAGCACGAAAUUCGUUUAAAGGCUUCAAUUGAGGUGGUGAGACUCCUCUUGAAUCAAGGAUUGGCAUUUCGUGGACAUCGUGAAGAUGAAUCAUCAUUAAACAAGGGUAACUUUCUUGAAAUUCUUUCAUGGUAUGCGAAGCGGUGUGAUAAAAUUAGUGAUCUUGUGUUGAAGAAGGCUCCAAAAAACAAUCAGUUGACUUCUCAUAAAAUUCAAAAAGAUAUGAUCACUGCAAGUAAGUUGGAAACAAUUAAAGCUAUUAUGGAGGACCUAAAUGGUGACUAUUCCUCAUUGCUAGUUGACGAAUCUUGUGAUGUGUCACGUAAGGAGCAAAUGGCAAUUGUUUUGCGAUAUGUUGAUAGAUGGAGAUCUGUGGUGGAACGCUUUAUUGGGAUUGUUCAUGUUCGUAAUACUAGUGCUCUAUGUUUAAAAGAAGCAAUUGUUAACUACCUUGCUCAACAUUCUUUGAGUGUAUCUAAUAUACGUGGACAAUGCUAUGAUGGAGCAAGCAAUAUGCAAGGGCGUCUAAGUGGCCUUAAAAUUUUGAUUCAACAGGAAAGUAGAUCAGCUCAUACGAUUCAUUGUUUUGCUCAUCAACUUCAAUUGACUCUUGUCGGGGUAUCUAAAAAAUGUCUUCCAGUUGGAGAACUUGUAUUGUUGGUUUCUAAUGUCUUAAAUGUAGUGGGAGGUUCUUUUAAACGCAUGGAUGAACUUCGAGAAUCUCAAGCAGAAAAAGUUCAAGAGGCACUAGAUAUGGGCGGGGUUGAAACUGGUAAGGGCUUGAAUCAAGAGCUUGGUCUUGCUAGAGCUGCUGAUACUCGUUGGGGUUCACACUACAAAUCAUUUAAUAACUUCAUUAGUAUGUUUGGAUCUAUUACUGAUGUUCUUGAUACUAUUGUUGUUGAUUCCGAAUGUGUUGAAGAUAGUUGUAAGGCAACAGGAUAUCUUAGAGUUUGUCAAACAUUUGAAAUUGCUUUCAUAUUGCACUUAAUGAGAGAUAUUUUGGCGAUUACAAAUGAGCUUAAUGAAUCCUUACAAAAGAAAGAACAAGAUAUUGCAAUUGCCAUGUUACUUGUUAAAGUGGCGAAGAAACGAUUGCAAGAUCUGAGAGAGGAAGGAUGGGAUCCACUUAUCGAGAAUGUGUCCGCAUUUUGUGUCAAGUAUGAUAUCUUGAUACCUAAUUUUGAUGAGUUCUAUAUUAAUUUUGGAAGAUAUCGACGUAAAGUUGCGGAGCAUACUUUCUCGCAUCACUAUCAUGUCGAUAUAUUUUUUAAGAUUAUUGAUUGGCAACUUCAAGAACUCAAUGAUCGUUUUAAUGAGGAGAGAACGGAUUUGCUUAUUGGAGUUGCUUGCUUGAAUCCAGUUGACUCAUUUUCUAGUUUUGACAUCAAUAAAAUAUUGAGAAUGGCUGAAUUAUAUCCAGAUGAUUUUGGUGAAGAUACAAUGGUUACUCUUAAAAAUCAGCUUAAGACUUAUAUUGUUGAUGUCUGUGAUGUUGAUGAAAGGUUCUCCAACCUGUAAGGACUUGGUGAUCUUUCUAAAGAGCUAGUUAAGGCAAAGAAACAUUUAAAUUAUCCCUUUGUGUUUCUCGCCUUGUAAAAUUUGCAUUGCUCCUACCGGUCGCCACCGCUACAGUUGAAAGAGCUUUUUCGGCGAUGAAGUUGAUAAAGAGUGAAUUGCGAAAUCGAAUGGAUGACGACUUCAUGAGCGGUUGUAUGGUGCCUUAUGUAGAAAAAAAUAUAUUUAAGACCGUUUCUGAUGAGAGUAUUAUGGAUAGGUUUCAAAAAAUGAAAACUCGUAGGAUACAAUUGUAAUAAUAUAUUUUAAUUAAUCAAACUUUAUUUUGGUGCUACUAUCAAUCUUAUGGUCAAGAAUUUGGAAUUCUCUGUAACUUUCUAUAGCUAUCUGUUUGGAAGUGGAGAGCCUGUACAAUCCUCAGACUACUUGCCACCAGGAAAAGGCUCCAACUAAUGAUCGUGCCCCAAAGCCAACUGCUUCAACUACAAUGGAGGCAUCCUAUUUGAUGGACAAACAAGGAAGGAAGAGUCUGCUGCUCAUAAGCUUUACUAGAAUGGUAUGUCAUUUUUAUUUUUUUAGUCCUUGAUGGAGUUUGUUAUGUGAAAAUGCAAUACAACUUGGUGAACUGCACACAUCUUUUUAGAUUUCUCUAUCAUGACUUAUUCGCUUC